GGCCUACCAGCCGGGUAGCGGGGCCACCGAUGCGGCUGCUGCUCCACAGGGCCUGGUGUCCAGCGGCGCCUCCGCCGCGGUCCCUCCGCCCGGGUCGCUGGGCAGCGGCGAGCUGGACGCCUGGGAGGUGGUGCGGGUGCUGCAGCUGCAGCGCCUGCCCUCGGCGGAAGGGGAGGGCGGCAGCUGGCUGGACAGCGGAGAGCUCGGCGGAGGGCCGUGGACGGGGCGGGGCCAGGCCACCACCCUGCCGCUGUGCUGCCCCCCCGGCCGCCCCCCCGCCGGGCCGCAGCUGGUGUGGCUGGAGCCCCGCGUGGUGGCGCUGGCGGGGGGGCGGGGGCAGGGACAGCAGCACCUCACGCUCAAGGCCGUCGUACGCACCCCCUCCGGCACAUCCUCAUCGCCGCUGGAGCUGCUGGUGCGGGCGGAGGGCCGCUACCUGCCCGCCACUGUCACCCCCGCCAACACCCCUACCACCAGCACCUCGGCAACGGCAGCAACCCACGAUGACGGAUCCCUCUCAGAGGACGACGCGGCCAAGGGGCGGUUGGACACCGACCAGCUGGUAUCGUACACCAUCGACGUGCC